AUGUCUGGCUACAAGUUGUUCUACUUUCCAGUCCGCGGUGGAGGAGAAAAAUGUCGACUUGCAUUUGGGGCUGCAAAGAUUGACUACGAGGAUAUUCGAUUACCAGCCGAAGAAUGGGCAAAAGAGAAAGCGUGUAAGUAAAUAUAAAAGUUCCGUGAAGUGCGCGAUGGUGAAUUAUUUUUCGAUUGUAUUUUUAGAAUUUUGUGAUCUUAAAUGGCUGUUUAUAACUGAAUGCGAUCAAAGCCGAUGGCAAAUACGCAUACAUUCACUUGAAUUUCGAUCGGUUUUAUGUGUGCGCGAAUGCUGUCGUACUGAAAUAAAAUAAAUUAUUGCUUAGUCACGGGCCGCUGACAAGUGUGCUCACCAGCCUACACACUCGUUUGCUUCCGACCACAAAUGGUAUCAAUGAUUUUGUUAUUUCGUCACUGAAUAAAAGUUACGUUUUCUUCGUUUCGAAGACUGCUACGAAAGAAAGUUGUUCUCUGAGGCCUGGGUCAAAGGUAUGUUCUGAGGAUAUGAAUGACGGCGUUGCUAAAACGAGGGUAGGGUGAAAAUAAUAACACGAAAAAUAAAAAUAUUAGAAUUUGAAUAUUUUUAGCAACAUGCACCGAGACAUCCAAGAACAUCUUCUGUUUGAGCAAUAACAUGAACGCAGAAUGACAAAUUCAGAUAGUUUUGAAUAUUCCAAAUAAUCCCUAUUAGAAUCAAGCCAAAAACUACUUGCCAAAUUUUCCUACCCAAAAAUUCCCGGAAUCGAAAAUUCAGUGCCAAAAAAUCCUUCGUUCAUCUUCGUCACUUGAAAUAAGGAGUACCCCUCCCCCGGGCGUUCAACGCGUUCCCUCCUCGCGAAGCGGGCGCGUUCGUAAGGAACGCGUGACAAAGCGAGUGGUGUAGGAGUUGCUCAGAAGGUCUCUCAUCUCCUAAUUGGUCGCAGGAAACAAUGACAUGCCAUUCUGCCAAUUAUUUUAGUAUUGCUUGGGGCCAGGGAAACUCACCAUUGGUGACCUCUCUUCCGAGCAGCUGCUACACGAUUUCGACGAAGCCCAUAUGGCUUUUGCUCAGGUUAGCGCAAGCGCGCGCGAACGCGAACGCGACAAACAAGGGUCCGUCAAGCGCGUGGUCAUUUUCGCGUUUCGCUCAACGGACGAUGAAAAAAGAGAGCGUUCUCGUUGUCUUGGUAGGUGUGGUCAAAUAACCGUGAAAAUCUGAUGAGUCUCGGUUGGCGCAAUCCUAUAUCAGAAAUGAGCUAA